CUCCUUAAAAAUGUUUCCCUGUGUGUCUGUCCCAUACAGGGGAGCAGAGAGGUAGAGGGUUUAAACAGUUGAGACGAUCACAGUGCAGCAAACCCCUCCUCAAGAGCCGCUGGAUCAGAGGUGAUCACAGGAGGCCACAAUUUCAGCACCUUUGCAGGAAGCACACUAACUGAACAUGGCACGUGUUGGACAACUAUCACUUUCCCUAGUCCACACAGGAUUCCUGUUAGCCAUCGUUUUAUUACCAGAGUUUCUGGGGGCCGUUCCAGUGGAGCAGAACAAGCAGGAGGAAGUGGCUGCAGUGUCUGAUGAUGUGAAAACUGAAGCCAUGGCCAACCUGAAAAAACUGGUUCGUAACAGAAGGAAUGUGCACGUCUUGGCUGUACCCCAGUACAAACGCCUGCCGGACUUCUGGGGAUGGUACAAGUACUUCAUGGACAGCCACAACCAGGAAGGAGUUGAGGACCUGGAUCGUCUGUACAUGGCCUACUUGCAGAACAAGCACAGGUCAGAGGAGGGACCCACCUUCAACCACUACCUCAAACAUCUCAGUGAAAUCUACAAGACCUGUGCUGAUUCUGAUGAUCCAGAGUGCAUCGCUGAGUCCACUAGCAAGCCGAAGGCUGCUGUGGUGAUGCCUGCUGCCAUCAAGUCUGCUGCUGUCAGGCUGUGCAACCCCUACCUUGACCCCUACUGCCUCUUCCCCCUGGUCCCCAAAGCAGCCAUCCCAGAACCUGAACCUGAGCCAGCUCCAGCCAAGGUCCCAGCUCCUAUCCUUACCCCCCUGCUUCCCAUGCCCCUGAAGAGCCCCACUGGUUUCUAUUACUAUGCUCCUGUCCUGGAGUCCUUUCUGAGCGCUGAGCAGAAAGCUGAGCUGCUGAGGAUCUGCAACCCAGAAGAUGUGGAGUGUCUGCAGUAUCACCUGAGAGCAGCAUAUGGUUACCGCCCAGCCCCUGGUCCAGCUCCAUCUUACGCUGCCCUCAAAUGUGACCCCAAGGACCCCUACUGCAUGCCCCUUCUGGUCCAGAAGGCUCCCACUGGCUUCUACCACCUGCUGUACCCCAACUGUGACCCAGCCGUGGAUCCUCUGUGUGUGACCAACGUCGCUGCUCCUGCUCCCCUUGCUGCUCAGGAGGCCCCUAAAGAACAGCACUGCAACCCUCUGUUUGAUGCUGGCUGCAAUCCCCUAACUGCCACCAAGCUGUCCGGCCUCACCAAGCCCGUCCUGGAGUACACCCCCAGCGAUGAGCCUGCACCUCCAGCUGCUCCUCUGUCCUGCGACCCUCGCACUGACCCAUACUGCAUACUGUCAGUCGCUGCUGCCCUGCGCAAGCCGCCUCCACAGAAGCCCGAGCACCAGGUCCGCUACAAGCUCGGUGUCCCUGGCAAGACCAAGGAGGGCUACGACUGCUAUGUGCACUAUGACAAAGACUGCAUCCCGGUCAAGUCUGCGGCUAAGGCCAACAUCAAGGCUCCAGCCAAGCCCUUCUGCCAUCCAUAUGACCCCAACUGCUCCAAAGCUGCUCCACCCUCUGGCGUUGAGGCCCCAAAGUCCAGCACAGAUGGCAUAAUCCUGCCUGAUCCUGACUGCGACCCCGAGAUCGACUACAACUGCCGCCUGCGUCGCGCUGAUCCUGCUGCUGCAGCUGAGGAACCUGCUGAUGAACCCGCCAAGGAGGCUGCUGCCCUACAGUUUACUGCCCCACGCUUUGAAGAUUUCCUCAGGGCUGUUAUGAGCCAGCCCAAACAGAUUUCAUAAAUAAAUUAAUUUUAGAACCAACACCUGCCAGGAAAUCUAACUGGUGGAAACAUAGCUCACAUUACAUUCCCUAAUAUUUGCGGACUUCAUGGACCACAACCUUCCAGAGUUUUAUCAAGGCCUUACAGCACUAUCAGAUCAAUCACAAAAUAAUGCAGCUUCUAAAUAGUAAAUCUGAUUUACCCAGACAGUCUGAAGGUUUCCUAGUUUUGGUCUGUUUUCAUAAAGGAGGAACGAUUAAAGAGGGCCAAGCAACAAAUAAAACAUUAUGUGAAACUUGUGGAUUAAAUACUCCAUGUUUGUAUGUUUGUAGAAAAGAGUCAUAUGUAUAGAUGUGUGAUAGAAUAGGGUUAGUUGGAAUUUGCAUUAGUAGGCAAGAUGUUCUCUGUUUUGUACAUUCUUUUUAUUCUAAGUGUAUUUAAUGUUGUUUUCCACAGUUUUCUGUAACUCUAAGCCUCAUAAUUCUUCAUCUGUUUAGUUUUUAUAAAGUUCUAAAUAAAAAAAAAAGAUCUAUUGAAUUUUAUUUCUAGAGGCUGAACCACCUUCACACUGAACUCAUAAACACAUCUGCUAAAGGUGAAAAAAAAUAACAGCGGCAAAACACAGUUUUGUAUUAUAUACCAAAUGCUAUGAAUGUUUUAAUUCAAUUCAGGGAAAGAGUCUACUCUGUGAAUGUACAUAUAAUUUCAGGGCAUCAGUCCCAGCUGUUGCAAACUAACAUGCAGCUCAUAGAUGUGCCAGCUGGCAUGCUGCGGUGGGCUUUCACCAAUUUAUGCUUCACUGUUAUCAAAACAGCUUUUUGUUGCCACAUCUGCACAGUUUGUUUUCAUACAUAAUCACCAUAAAUAUAUGUUUUGCAUGAUAGUGCACUCUGAUGAAUUAGAAAUGCACGACAGGUUUCUAAAACUAAAACUGAGGUACUUUUUUUGCAUCUUGCCUGUAUUAGACAGUAUACUAAAAAUCCAGACAGGAAAUUCAGGGAAAGUGAGGGUUUAUAUAAGCAGUGUUACCAUUCAGGGAGGUUACAUAGAAUGCCUGUUAAGAUCUUAGCAGCCACUAGUUUGUCAACCAGUUUUAGCCACAUGACAAAGAAGCACAGAAACUAGGAGAUGCUGCCUUUUAAAUGAAUUCUGCAUAUUGCCCUCACAGUUCUUCUGUUUUAUGUUUUUCCAUAUGGAUAUGCCAGUUAUGAAAAUUCCAUAAGUAAGGGUAGAUGUUUUUACCAGUGUGCAGGAUUUAGGGGAUCAAUUAGCAGAUAUUUGAGCUUUUGUUAGUGUAUAAUUGCCAAUAAUUAGUUUUUGUUAGCUUAGAAUAAGCCUUUAAUAUUUACAUAGGGACUGAAUUCUCCACGUUGCACCAUCAUGGUUUUACGGUAGCCCAGAACAGACAAAUCAAACACUGGCUAACUAACAUAAUUACACCCUCCACUAUUACACCAAAGAAUUGCCACCAGCUCAUAAAUCACAGACCCAGAAUGUGUCUCGCUUUCUCCAGUACACAAUCUCUAAUAUGGGUGUAAAUAUAAGAAUAUGUCUCUGUGUGAAAUAAAAGUGGACUUAAUUACUGA